GCUCGGUAGCGAUGCCUGUCUUGAUCGGCAAUCUCUCAGCCCCCGCGCCGUAAAUCCGCAGUCGAGUACACUUAAGCCGGAAGGUCGCACGUAAUCGCUUCUAUUCUACCGUAUAGUGGAACUGUUGGCGGCCAAAUUCCAAAAGCUAAACAUAAUAGCGAAUCCAGCAAUGCUACCUGAAGGUCGUAGUUAGCAAUCUCUCUACUCGGCGUAAAAUGAUCAACAACCUAUUUUGGCUGUAUCGUAGCUGAGGCGUAUAGCGUAUCCUAAAACUAUCAUUAGAAACUGCCUAAAGGGGAUGCCCACCAACCAUCAGACAAUAGGGCUGCAAAUCUUUGAUCAUAAGCAUAACCAUAGCCACCAAUGUGAUUCGAGUGCCAAUCCUUUUAGCCCCCUUCAUCUGCCGAAGGCUGUGUCUCCUGCGAAGGCUAUAGGUUGGAUGUCAGCCUGUCAUGCUUCUUUAGACCUCCAAGUUCAACUUGGCGAUCUUGUUCUGUAACCUAACACUAAUCGCAACUAUGGAGUUGACGGCGGAGGAGAAGGCCACUUGGGACGAAAGUCUACAGCCGCUCAUCGUCGGUAUACUGGUCACCUUUCUCGUCCUCACGAAUGCGACGUCCGCGGCGCGGAUAUUCACUUCGGUCCUCCGGCACAGGAAAUUCCAGAUCGAUGACUACUUGAUGAUGUGCGCCGUCCUCCUCAGCGAUGGAAUUAUAUCAGCUAUGUUGGCCGCGGUGACAAAGGGGUUUGGACUACACCAAUACCGAGUCUUAGCCAACGACCCUCAGCCCCCACUAGCACUCGUCCAAAUCUUGCAGAUUGUCUGGGCCUAUGCGGUGCUGAACGGAUUCUGCUUCUCGACUAUCAAACUGUCCAUUCUUUUCUUCUUAAAGCGCCUCUUUUGGGUUUCUCGAUGGUUCAAGAUCGCUUGGUGGGCUAACGUGGCGUACGUUAUCCUGUGGACAAUUGGCUCGACCCUUUUCUACAUAUUCCAGUGUGCGCCAAUCGACUUUUACUGGAACAAGAUUUACGUGGGUGUUGGAAUGACACCCCCUGAAGGCGACGAGAACGGAAGAUGUGUGAAGGCGCUUGCUAGUAUCGGCACCCCGAUCAUUUUAAACACGAUCGGAGAUCUUUUUGUCUUGCUGCUUCCUGUGCCCAUUCUACUCAAGCUGCAAACCACGACUCCGAAACGCCUGCGACUGCUUGGAUUAUUCGUCAUUGGAUUCAUGGCCACGGCAGCCGGUUUCGUACGGUUUGCAUUCAUAUUUGCGACCAACCCCAGAGCCGACGUAACUUAUUCGUCUGUUGAAUUCCUUCUUUGGAGUAAUAUCGAAGAAGCCCUUGGAAUUGUCUGCGCAAAUAUACCCAUCAUCGCUACUUUGUUCGAACAAAGGAGGAAGAGGAAGUCAGGGAUAGGAUCAAACGGCCAGAGCUUCCAGAGCGCACAGGCUCUAAGUUCGAGGAGGUUCACCAGAUCUGCUACGUUGAAUCAUGAGGGCAGCUAUGAAGCGCUCAACGAUAAGAACCAAGACUUUGCGAUGGAAGACCUAAAUCUCGGGAGCAUCUCCAGAGUUGAAAAGGGGGAACAUAUUGAGCGUUCUCCUACUACGGGAAUCGCUGUGACGACGUCUAUUACGACUCAAUUUGAUACCCCAGGUCGAGCUAUAUAAUAAUUAAAUAACUCGUAAUGAAAGAUACCAUUUAAAAUUUUGGAAGAUAUCGCGACCAUAGAAUGCGCGGCUACCGGCAACGCGCCUAGUGUUACGUUCCACACCUAGCGAGAAUAGAGGCUAGGAAAGAUUCCUCACCUAGGUAGACCCAGAAAUCCGUGAUUAUCAGCGAACACCUACCUAAGAGGUAGUAAUAGGAUUAAGGUAUCCAUAAUCCUACGCGCCGCUAGAGUCGUAAAUCGGGUAUAUCUUAACGAUUUUCGUAGGCGUAGGGGUUCUUCGUUCGGUGUAGCUCGAUGGACUAUGCCAUUUUGAUAGUACCCUCUUUCUAAAAACGGAUUGAUCUUCCCCAGAACUCUGGUAUAUACCAUGAUUACCUGCCUAUGUAGGUACCAGCAUGUGUUAGUUUUCUAACGCCCGAAAACAAGUUAAA